CCCCACACUCCUCGCUCGCCUGCCUCUCUGUUCUUAAUUAGCUAGUUACCUCCAAAUCAAUCCAAUCUCAAUUCAUAUAUAUGCGAUCGAUCGAUCGAACAAGCAAGUAAUCGUCAGUAGUCCUAGCUAGAGAGACAUAAAUAUCUAGCUCAAUUGGCUAAUUACGUGCCCAACUCAACUGCAAUUCAGUUCAUCCGAUCCAGCACAGAAAUUAGCUAUAAGUAAGGGCCGGCGCCGCCGGCAAGAAGAAGUAAAGAAUAUGGGGGCCGGCGAGGUGGUGCAGGGGCUGAAGCCGGUGGCGGCGAUGGUGGUGGUGCAGGUGGUGUUCGCCGGAGUGAACAUAUUCUACAAGCUGGCGGUGGUGUGCGACGGCAUGGACAUGCGCGUCCUCGUCGCCUACCGCUACCUCUUCGCCUCCGCCGUCCUCGCCCCGCUCGCCUACUUCGUCGAGAGGAAGAACAGAACAAAGAUGACGUGGAGAGUGCUGAUGCUGUCGUUCGUCUGCGGACUCUCCGGGGGGUCGCUGGCGCAGAACCUGUACAUCUCGGGGAUGAAGCUGACGUCGGCCACCUUCGCCACCGCCAUGACCAACCUCAUCCCGGCCGUCACCUUCGUCCUCGCCGUCCUCUGCCGCUACGAGCGCCUCGCCAUCCGCACCGUCGCCGGCCAGGCCAAGGUCGCCGGCACGCUGCUCGGGGUCGGCGGCGCCAUGCUGCUCACCUUGUACAAGGGCGCCGAGCUCAACCCCUGGCACACCCACCUCGACCUCGUCGCCGCCCUGGAGGCGCGCCACCCCGCCGCCGCCGCCGCCACCGGGAAUAACGACCGCGUGAUCAUGGGGUCGAUGCUGGUGGUGGGCAGCUGCGUGUUCUACGCGGUGUGGCUGAUCCUGCAGGCGAAGCUGAGCCGCGAGUACCCGUUCCACUACACCAGCACGGCGCUGAUGUGCGUGAUGAGCGGCGCGCAGUCGGCGGCGUUCGCGCUGUUGGUGGACAGGGAGCCCGCGCGGUGGCGGCUGGGGCUGGACAUCCGGCUGCUGUCGGUGGUCUACUCCGGCGUGCUGGCCUCCGGCGUGAUGCUGGUGGUGCUGUCGUGGUGCGUGAAGCGGCGCGGACCGCUGUUCGCGUCGGUGUUCAACCCGCUGAUGCUGGUGGUGGUGGCCGUGCUGGGGUCCCUCCUGCUCGACGAGAAGAUGCACGUCGGCACCCUGCUCGGCGCCGCCCUCAUCGUCGUCGGCCUCUACGCCGUGCUCUGGGGCAAGGGACGCGAGACCGCCCUCGAGGCCGCCAAGGUCGGCGACGACAACGAUAACCACCACAUCCACGUCGUCGUCGUCGUGCCGCCGGAACAAGCGCAGCCGCAGCCGCACCAACAAGCGGAAGCUGAUGCUGAUGCCACGACGACGGCAUGCGAACAACCAUCGGAUUCGGACCGGGCGAAUAUUGCAUCCUCUUUACGACACAGCCAUAGAUACUUCCAUCGUUCUUGCGGGUUUUAAUUAAUUAAUUACUCUAGCUAGCUCAGGCUCAGCUAGCUGCUAAUUAAUUAACUCGCACGUACGUACGGCCUGCUUAAUCCAUGAUCUCUGUUCGAGGGUAACUAAUUAAUUAAUUAAUCAGCGCGAGUACGUAGAAACCAAUUAACCAAUCAACAAGAAACAAACAAACGAGAGCGGUCGCGAUCAACAAGCUAUCGAUCGACCGUGCGUACGUAGGAUAUGCAUGUAUGGUAGGUAGGAGAGGAGAUUAAAUAUAUUGUUGCUCUAUCUCUGAUCAUUAAUAUAUACGUACGUACACAUGCAUGAACA